AGAGAGGCAGCUGUUGAGGCUGCAGUCGGAGGCAGCUGUGGCAGAGAUUGUCUGUGUUAGACAUUUUUGUUAUCUGUUCUUCACUCUGGGUGUCAUUUCCUGACCGGAUUCUUUAUGUGAGCAACUCAAAUCUGCUUCAAGAAUGACAGUCAUGAAACUUACAGACCAGCCACCACUACUUCAAGCAAUUUUCAGUGGAGACCCUGAUGAGAUACGUAUGCUGAUCUAUAAAACAGAGGAUGUGAAUGCACUGGACAAUGAAAAACGCACCCCUCUCCAUGCUGCAGCAUUCCUUGGAGAUGCAGAGAUUAUUGAGCUUCUUAUAUUGUCAGGAGCCCGUGUAAAUGCUAAAGAUAAUAUGUGGUUAACUCCUCUACAUCGGGCUGUUGCUUCAAGAAGUGAGGAAGCUGUUCAGGUAUUAAUAAAGCACUCAGCAGAUGUCAACGCUCGAGAUAAGAACUGGCAGACCCCUUUACAUGUAGCCGCAGCAUGCAAAGCUAUCAGGUGUGCAGAAAGAAUAAUCCCGCUGCUGAGCAGUGUCAAUGUUUCCGAUAGAGGAGGCCGCACUGCUUUGCAUCAUGCAACUCUGAAUGGUCACAUAGAGAUGGUAAACAUGCUCAUAACCAGAGGUGCAAAUAUAAAUGCGUUUGAUAAGAAGGACAGACGUGCCCUCCAUUGGGCAGCAUACAUGGGGCAUCUUGACAUUGUUACAUUGCUAAUCAAUUAUGGUGCAGAGGUGACAUGUAAGGAUAAGAAAGGUUACACUCCACUCCAUGCUGCUGCAUCCAAUGGCCAACUUAAUGUGGUAAAACACCUCCUUAACCUAAGUGCAGAAAUUGAUGAAGUUAAUGUCUACGGCAAUACUGCUCUUCAUAUCGCCUGCUACAAUGGCCAAGACGCUAUAGUUAAUGAGUUAAUUGACUACGGCGCCAAUGUCAACCACCCUAAUAACAAAGGUUUCACCCCAUUACAUUUUGCUGCAGCUUCAGUUCAUGGUGCUUUGUGUCUUGAAUUGUUGGUCAAUAACAGGGCAGAUGUUAAUAUACAGAGUUAUGAUGGGAAAAGUCCUCUGCAUAUGGCAGUUGCUCAUGGAAGAUUUACAAGGACACAAAUUCUUCUAAAGAAUGGCGCUCUAAUUGACUGCAGCGAUAAGGAUGGCGAUACACCUUUACAUGUAGCUGCACGAUAUGGCCAUGAAAUCUUAGUUGACUCUCUCUUGAGCUGUGGAGCCAAUAUAGCAAAGUGUGGGAUUCACAACAUGAUCCCCCUACACUUGGCUGCACUCUAUGCAUACCCGGAAUGCUGCAGGAAGCUCUUGUCAUCAGGUUUUCAAAUCAACGCACCAGAUAUUUUUGGAAGGACGUGUUUGCACGCUGCCGCUGCAGGAGGGAGUGUGGAAUGUAUACAACUGUUGCAGAAUAGCGGAGCAGAUUACAGUAUAAAAGACAAAUCUGGAAGGACACCUUUGCACUAUGCUGCAGUGAACUGCCAUUUUGAGUGCAUUCAAAGCUUAGUAAAUUCUGGGGCCAAAAUUAAUGAGACGGAUGACUUUGGAAGGACAGCCUUGCACUAUGCAGGGGCAUCAGAUAUUGACAGAAAGGGAAGUAAUAUCUUGGGCAGCACUCAUGAAGGCACAGAAGAAUCUGAAAGGGCUGACAUUUUAAAAGAAAAUGAAGCUGCAGAGUGUAUAGCAUUUCUGCUUCAGAAUGGUGCCAACCCAUUAAUAUUUGACAAGGCCGGAUACAACGCUGUCCACUAUGCUGCUGCGUAUGGUCAUAGGCAAUGUCUGGAGUAUCUUCUGGAAAGAACUAAAAACUGCACAGAGGAACCAAUUGUCUCGUCUGCAAAAAGCCCAUUGCAUUUAGCGGCAUAUAAUGGACACCAUCAAGCUUUGGAACUUCUUCUUCAGUAUUUUGUUGAUGUGGACAUUAAAGAUGAAAAGGGUCGGACGCCAUUAGAUCUUGCAGCGUUCAAAGGGCAUACAGAAUGCGUGGAAUCUCUUAUUAACCAGGGAGCCUCAAUUCUUGUAAAGGACUUUGUCUCUGAAAGGACUCCUCUACAUGCUGCUGUUAUCAAUGGGCAUACAUCAUGCCUGCGGCUGUUACUGGAAAUGACUGAUACAGAUGGCGUUGUAGAUGUAGUGGAUGCCAGGAAGCAAACACCUUUGAUGCUUGCAGUAACAUACGGACACAUUGAUGCAGUCUCUCUGUUACUCGAAAAAGAGGCAUCAGUCGAUGCAGUUGAUGUCUAUGAAUGCACAGCACUGCACCGAGGGAUUAUGACAGGCCAUGAAGAAUGCAUCCAAAUGCUGCUGGAUCAGGAAGCAUCACUUCUAUGGAAAGAUUCCCGAGGACGAACGCCGUUGCAUUUUGCAGCAGCACGAGGUCACGCUACAUUACUAAGUGAGCUGCUCCAGGUUGCACUCUCAGAAGGAGACAGCAAUUUCAUAGACAACAAAGGCUACACGCUGUUGCACUGGUCAGCUUAUAAUGGCAAUGAAAACUGUUUAGAGGUACUACUAGAGCAAAAAUCAUUCAGAAACUUUCACGGAAAUCUCUUUUCUCCAUUGCACUGUGCUGUAGUUAAUAAUCAUGAAAACUGUGCUGCACUGCUUAUCGGGGCUAUAGAUGCAAGCAUUGUCAAUUGUAAAGACAGCAAAGGAAGAACUCCACUCCAUGCAGCAGCCUUUAAUAAUCAUGUGGAUUGCCUGAAGCUGCUUUUAAGUUACAACGCAAAUGUAAAUAUUGUAGACAACUCAGGGAAAUCGCCACUAAUGAUGGCUGUGGAAAAGGGUCACCUAGAUGCUACAGGUAUUUUGAUUAAUAGAACAAAAGUGGAUUUGGCUGGAAAAGAUAAGCUUUCAAAUACAGCACUUCAUUUGGCCUGCAUUGCAGGUCAUGAAGGUUGUGCAUUGAUAAUUCUUGACAAAAUAGAAGAUAAAAACAUUAUCAAUGCAACCAAUAAUGCUUUGCAAACGCCACUUCAUAUAGCAGCACAGAAAGGAUAUAAAAGUAUUGUUGAGAGAUUGAUCAGUAAAGGAGCAUGUGUUCUUUCGCUGGACGAUGAUGGUCACACUCCAGCACUGGCUUGUACCCCUAACAAAGAUGUAGCUGACUGCCUGGCACUUAUAUUGGCUGCCAUGAUGUCUUUACCUCCUUCCAGCACAAUGACCUCCUUCAACCGCAUUAGCCUUAAAAAGGACACUUUGAGUAAAAGACACUUCCGUAAUGACUCCACUAUAAACUGCAAUAACUUUAAUCAAGCACAGAACUCUAAAUUACAAACUGAAGUGGAUAAUGAGGAUUUAUCAGACUCUGAAACCUUUUAAAACAACAGUACUAUACAUUUUACAACAUUCUAUUUUUAAUGUAAUACUCAGCGUCUGAUAAUGUGACACUUAGGAUCUGGAUAUUGUUACUUAUCUAGUGCCAUCAGAUUGCUUUUUAUCUCUGAUUGCACUUACAAACAAUGACAAUCUACCUCAUAUUUUUAAGAGGGUCAUUAAGCAAAAAAAAGU